CAGUUAUUCUCGUUUAUUCCGUAGAACCAGAGGGGCAAUUUCGUCAUUCCGAAGGUGAUGCCUGGCAUGAGUGUUAUUUUAAAACUCCCAAAUCUCUACAGUAAGAACUAAAGUGAGAUGAAACUAAUAAGGGAAUCCGAAAUCCAAAAGCAACAAAAACGUAAUCGUUUGAACCAUCAAAACUCAUCCCUUUCAAAUCCAGCACUCUUUGAACAAGCCCUCCCAGUUCCCUUCACAAAAGGAGACCUCAAUCCCUCUCAUUGGUCUCACCAGAUAAGGAAGUAUCUCUCUCAAGGAGUACCAAGAGAGGCCCUUCUCAUUUACUCCCAAGGUCGGCGUAAAGGAAUUCAUCACCAUACUGUAAUUCCUGUGCUGCUCAAGGCUUGUGCUCUUCUCUCCUUUCUCCACUAUGGGAGGGCUUUGCAUGCCGAGUGUGUCAAAAUUGGGGUAGACCAUGAUGUGAUUAUAGGAACUUCACUGGUUAGCAUGUACUCCAAGUGUGAAGGCGUAAUUAGUUCUCGUAGGAUGUUUGAUGAAAUGCCAGAUAGAAAUGUUGUCACUUGGAAUGCCAUGAUAGGUGGGUAUUCAAGGGAUGGAGACAUGGGUUCUGCACUAUAUCUAUUUCGACAGAUGCACGAACAGACGCCAGUGACAUGGGCGGAGAUGAUUGAUGGGUUCGCAAGAAAUGGCGAUAUUGUGGGAGCUAGGAGGCUGUUUGAUCAGGCUCCUCUUGAGAUGAGGAAUGUGGUGGCGUGGACCGUGAUGGUUGAUGGGUAUGCAAGCAACGGACAGAUGGAGGCAGCGAGGCAGCUUUUCGAAGAGAUGCCUCGACGAAAUUUCUUUGCUUGGUCCUCAAUGAUUGCUGGAUAUUGCAGGAAGGGUGAUGUGAAGGAGGCAAAGGCCAUGUUUGACCGUAUCCCAGUCCGGAAUUUGGUAAACUGGAAUUCAUUGAUUGCUGGUUAUGCACAGAAUGGGUUUGGCAAGGAAGCUCUGGAAGCAUUUGCUAAAAUGCAGUCUGAGGGGUUUGAGCCGGAUGAGGUUACAGUCACGAGCGCGUUAUCGGCUUGUGCAACUGUGGGUUCUUUGGGUUCUGGUAAAGAAAUCCAUAAUCUGAUCAGUCAUAAAGGCAUCAAGCUUAAUCAGUUUGUUCUCAAUAGUUUAGUAGACAUGUAUGCUAAAUGUGGGGAUUUAGGCACUGCGAGACAGAUCUUUGAAGCAAUGCCCCAAAAGAAUGAUGUUUGUUGGAAUGCAAUGAUAUCAGGCCUUGCUGUUCACGGACGGAGUGAAGAUGCACUCGAGCUUUUUGGCCAAAUGGAGGAGUCAAGUGAGAAGCCCAAUGAAGUUACAUUUCUAUCUGUUCUCUCAGCUUGUGCACAUGGAGGUUUUGUCAAUGAAGGGCUAGAUAUCUUCUCCAAAAUGAAGGAACAAUAUGGUCUAGUUGUGGGCAUUGAGCAUUAUGGGUGCAUGGUGGACCUUUUGGGACGAGCGGGGAGAUUAAACAAAGCUUAUGAUUUGAUCAAGAAGAUGCCAAUGAAACCAAAUGAUGUGGUCUGGGGAGCCCUGCUUGGAGCUUGCAGGAUCCAUUCGGACACAACGACGAUGGAGAGAGUAGCAGAGGAAUUCGGGAUGCUAGAGCCUGACAAGGCCUCUAGUGAUGAUGCACGUUAUGUGCUGUUGGCAAAUAUUUAUGCAGCUUCAGAUCGAUGGGAGAAAGCCCAAAGCAUGAGGAUAAUGAUGGGUAAUAGAAGGGUCCAGAAGACACCUGGGUGCAGUUCAGUAAUGCUUGGUAAUAUUGAGCACCAGUUUCACGCAGGUGCUCAAGCUGAUCCACGGACCCAUCAGCUGUAUGGUGGAGUCACUUAUGAAAGGAAUAAACUUGUUGAAGAUUAAUCAUAACCAAGCUUCUGAAACUAUUCCAAGGGGUAUAAAAUGCUUCCCCUGUAGAAAGCUUUUCCUGAAAAGGCUGAUCCGGAUACAAUAUCAGAAAUGUAUUCUUGCAAUACAAAUUACAUACACUGAUUCCUAUAAUUUUCCUAGUUUAAAAAAACUAGUAUGUUCAAGCAUUCUCAAUUCAAAGGAAUUGUCCAAUGUCUAAA